AGCCUCUGCGGAAAGGAAUCCUAUCAGGAGAGCCGGGCGCUGCGCGCAAGGCAUGACGGGGGCUGUAGUGUUCGUUUUCUGAGGGGAAGAAGAACGGUCAUGGCGGCGUCUUCUGCCACAGGCACGAGCGGGUCCGAUGAAGCGGGGGCGACGCCCGGCCCGGCCCCGGCACUGCAGUACAGCCUUUUGCUGGAGUAUUUGGUGGGCGAGAAGCGCGGCCCGAGGCAAGCGCGGGCCUUGGACCCGGCCGCCCUCGGCGGCUUCCCGGCGCCGACCAAGAGCCUCGAACAGAAGAUGAUCGAGCGGGCUAUGGAGAGUUGCGGCUUCAAGGCGGUGCUGGCCUGCGUCGGGGGGUUCGUGCUGGGGGGCGCCUUUGGCGUGUUCACGGCUGGUAUCGAUACCAAUGUGGGAUUUGACCCCAAGGAUCCGUACCGCACACCGACAGCCAAGGAGGUCUUGAAAGACAUGGGGCAAAGAGGGAUGUCCUACGCUAAGAACUUUGCCAUCGUGGGUGCCAUGUUUUCCUGCACUGAAUGCCUGCUGGAGUCUUACCGAGGCAAAUCUGACUGGAAGAACAGUGUUAUGAGUGGGUGCGUUACUGGAGGAGCCAUUGGCUUUCGGGCUGGCCUGAAAGCCGGGGUCCUUGGCUGUGGGGGCUUUGCUGCGUUCUCUGCAGUGAUUGACUAUUACUUACGGUAGCAGCCGGAGCCAACGAAGGAGGACUUUCUGGUGUCAACCAUACAGGGAAGCUGGUGCAAAGAACUUUCCUUUCCCAGGACUGGCAACAGACGAGGGAAAGAGGAACAACUUUUGAGAGCUCUGUGUCCUGCAUAGGUAUCCAGCCCACGGGCAGAGUCAGCGAGUCAUCUAAGCCAAGCACUGUUCAAACAUCAUCAGAGUGGUACAAUUAAUUCUUAAUUUCAAGGUCUGCAGCAUAACUGGACUCUUUUGCUAAGCAUAUAUGUUUGCUGUGGCAAGCUUGGGUGCUGUUACGGUCUGGCAGCACUUGCUGCAAAUACAGACUUGUAGGUUCGUUACCUUAUUGGAUGCAGGAGAAAUCAAGAUUUAACUUAUUCUGGGCACUAUCAAGUGUUUGAUACUAAUGAAACAAGAGCAGUCUUUCAAAAGUGUAAAA